GUGUGAUUGAUGUUCCGUGGUGUUGGCAUUAGUUGGUACUUUAUGUCUGCAAAAUCAAAGCUGAUUCGUUGAAACAGUGUAGUUUCUGACAGUUCAAACUGGGUCCUUGACACAGACUUAGCAGUCCUUUCACCUCACUUUGCGACUCAGUCUUCCUCUUACAUUUUAACCCUCUUGGUCACUGCAGUCGUUAUCCUGAAACUUUGUUUGUUCGCGGCUGGCUUACCUGCAGAAUUCAUUUUUUUCCCUUUGAUCGAACAAACCACAAAAAUUUCCGUCAAAGCACAGUCAAGAUGAGCAUCUCAGACAGCGAGGACGAGCCUCUUACUCUCUCCUCGCACGCGUUGGCGGCGCUGGCCGAAUUCAAGGCCGAGGAGGAUACCCGUCUGAAAGAGUUUGAGAGGCUCCAGAAGCUAGCGGAGGCGAAAGCGGCCAAGAAGGCGCCGAUAUCCAUGGCGGCGUUCAUGGAGGACUGGAAUAAGUCGCAAUUUUGGUAUUCUGACGAGACGGCGAAUUUCUUGGCGAGGCAGCUUCUCGAGGGCGCUGAUGCGGACACGACGAUUGCGAUUGUGUCUGCGCCCAGUGUGUUUGUUGCCCUGCAUAAUAUACUGACUGCACGAGACGAGAGCGAGGCCCGGCCAAAGGUCUUUUUGCUGGAGCACGACAACCGCUUCAACGUCUUCCCCGAGUUCGUCUUUUACGACUUUGCGCAGCCGUUCAAGCUUCCGGGCGAGCUCAAGGGUGCUGUAGACCGCUUCGUCAUCGACCCGCCAUUCCUCAGUGAGGACUGCCAGACCAAGACCGCCAUGUCGGUCCGGUGGAUGAUGAAGCCGGACGCCGCCGAAAAGGGCCGCAUCAUCGUCUGCACUGGCGAGCGCAUGGCCGAGUUGGUAAACAGGAUAUACAAGCCCCUAGGUGUUAGGACCGUCACGUAUGAGCCGAGCCACGAGCGAGGGCUAAGCAACGAGUUUUGGUGUUAUGCAAACUUUGAGUGCAAAGACUGGACGUGGCGGGAGGCGGCUGCGAGUUGAAAAAGGGGGGACACAUCCUUAGAAAGUAUCUCCCUGGCGAUGCGGCCCUCCUAUCACCUCGGUUGGCUAGCUCGUGACGAUAGACGGGUGCCUCUGGCCCUGAUAGGGGCCCGACUUGACACAUGUUUCUGGUUUGCGAGAUUUCAAUAGAAAGUACA